ACUGUUUUAAAUCAAAUAGUAAGGCUUGCUACAAAAGGACUUAGAUGUUGUAAAUAAUUAACUUUCUUUUCAUGAGACGUAUUGUGUACUUAAUGAGGAGUCCCUGGUACUUUAGAAUGAUUAAAACCUUUUUUAAGCUCACCACAGAAGAUGAGGUCCAGAGGCUUGGCUUUGAUUAUCAUGCUAAUCAUCUCAGGAGGACUCAGUGCAGAAGAGAAACCCUGUGGUUUUCCUCGUGUGGAAAAUGGAAGGAUUGCCCAAUAUUACUAUACUUUUGAAAGUUAUUACUUUCCAACGAGCAUAAACCAACAUCUGUUAUUUUCCUGCUUGGCUGGUUAUACAACUGAAAGUGGGAAACAAGAGGCCCGGACCACGUGUACGGCAGCAGGCUGGUCCCCAGAACCACGGUGCUUCAAAAAAUGCCUUAAGCCUGACCUGAGGAACGGUUACAUCUUUGAUACAAAAUUAUCUUAUAAAAUUCAAGAAAACAUGCGUUAUCAUUGUGCGUCUGGGUACAAAACCAGAGCCGGGCAGGAUGAAGAAGUGGUUCAGUGCCUCGCAGGUGGAUGGUCUUCUCAGCCAGCCUGUAGCAAGGAACACGAAACAUGUUUGGCCCCUGAAUUACAUCAUGGAAAUUAUUCCACAGCACAGAAGACAUUCAAAGUGAAGGACAAAGUACAAUAUGAGUGUGCCUCUGGGUACUACACAGCUUCCGGGAAGAGGACGGAAGAGGUGGAGUGUCACCCGCAUGGAUGGACCCUCACCCCACAAUGCACCAAAUUAAAAUGCUCUUCUUUAAGAUUAAUAGAAAAUGGUUAUUUUCAUCCUGUAAAGCAAACCUAUGAAGACGGAGAUGUAGUUCAGUUUUUCUGUCAUAAAAAUUAUUAUCUAAGUGGAUCUGAUCUAAUUCAGUGCUAUAACUUUGGUUGGUAUCCAGAUUCUCCUGUCUGUGAAGGAAGAAGAAAUCGAUGUCCUCCUCCCCCUCUGCCUCUGAACUCCAAAAUUCAGACGUACUCAACCACUUACCGUCAUGGAGAAACAGUUCGUAUAGAAUGUGAACUUAACUUUGAGAUACAGGGAUCAGAAGAGAUACGCUGUGAAAAUGGAAAGUGGACAGAACCUCCCAAAUGCGUUGAAGAAAAGCAGAGGAUGACCUGUGAGGACCCACCCUUGGUUGAGAAUGGUGGAGCAAACCCAUCUUCCAAGGUCUAUUACAAUGGGGAUAAAGUGACAUACACGUGUGAAAAAGGGUAUCACCUCCGCGGACCAGAAGAAAUAACUUGUAAACGUGGAAACUGGACCCUUCCCCCUGAGUGUGUCGAAAAUACUGAGAACUGUAACCCUCCACCUGCUGUAAUAAACGGGGCUGUUGUUGGUGGGGUACUGGCAAGCUACCCAACAGGCUCCUCGGUGGAAUAUAGAUGCAGUGAAUACUACUUACUGAGAGGAGCAAAAACGGCUCACUGUGCACAAGGAAGAUGGUCAUCCCCACCUGUUUGCUUAGAGCCAUGUAGUGUUAACGUGGAUGCCAUGAGCAGAAAUAACCUAGAGAUGAAGUGGAAUUAUGAAGGAAAGAUCUUACACGGAGAUUUAAUAGAUUUUGUAUGUAAACAAGGAUAUGACCUCUCUCCGUCAUCCACACUCUCUGAGUUAUCGGUGCAGUGCAACAGGGGAGAAGUGCAAUAUCCUUCAUGUAUUAGAAAAGAAUCUAAAAGAACGUGCGCAUCUCCACCACUUAUUAAAAAUGGAGUUAUUAAGAGUUCAACCCUAGGCACCUAUGAAAACGGUUCCUCAGUGGAAUACAGAUGUUUUGAGCACCAUUUCCUACAAGGGUCUAGGGAGUCCUAUUGUUUAGAGGGAGUGUGGACUACACCACCAUUGUGUUUGGAGCCUUGCACAUUAUCUUUUGAUACAAUGCAAGAUAAUAAUUUACUCCUGAAAUGGACUUUUGACAAUAGGCCAUAUAUUUUCCACGGCGAGUAUAUUGAGUUUCUUUGUAAGAGAGAUACUUACACAACUGAGUUUUCUGUGAUUGGAGCUGAACUCAGAGUGCUAUGUGACAGAGGGCAAUUAAAUUACCCAAGAUGUAUUCAAAGAGAAAGGAUGUUGCCUUAUCAAGAACCCUAAGGACAUAAAAAUGAAUGGCAGAAAGAAGAAUAGCAUUUUGACACAUCAUAAAAUCCUUUAUAUGAAUAUACAUUCAGAUUCGAAAAUACAUCCAUCCUCAAUUUCUAUAUCUGAUAUGGAGCAUGUUUAUAAAAUAGAAAAAGAACAGCGAAAAUAUAAGCAUUUGCUAAAUAAUCACUUUAUAGGAGGGAAAAAGCCAAAAUAUAUGACAAUAUGAUGAAAUAAUAGGGUAUUUGUUAAUAAAACGACACCAAACCUGGAAGUUUCCAAGCCAACCAAGUUCUAUGGCUGUGAAAAUCAGUGAUCUUGAGUUUCCAAAGAAAAUACUCUAAACAUAUUGAAAAGGACAAGAUAAAAGGAAAGAAGAAACUCUGCUAGCUCUGGCAUGCCUUGGGGCAUUCAGAUACAGUAAGCAUUCAGAUUCCUAAUAAUUUUUGGAAGGGAUUCCAGUUACCUUGCUAUAACCUGAAACCUUUUGGAGCUAUUAGGGACCCCAGAACCCAUUUAAUCAAUUGCCAUACCUCAAGUAAAGAUUUUGAACACACUGCUAUCAUGUGUAUGGAAAGUCUUUGGCUCUCAGAAUUUGGAACAGUUAUCACCUAAAAUGAUGCUUAAAAUCAAUGUGGAUUAUGGUGUUUGUAGAGGUUAGAGGAAUGUAAGUAGAGAAAAUAAAUAAAAGAUAGUAAAAUAAAUCAUAUACCUUACUAUUGUAAUAAAAAUAAAUAUAAAUGGACCAACUUUGCUAAUGA